CUACUAUUCCUGUGGCAAAAGGAAACCCUAACCCUAGUUUCGGUUACCCACUUUCCCAUCCACCUAUCUCGGAGGGUGCUUUCCUCCUCGCCCGUCAUGGCGGCCCGACGGAAAAGAAAGUGGAGACCACCUCACCUUGGUGGGGAGCAAAUGGUGCGCGGCCCAGUUGGAAUCGAUCCAUCCAUCGUGGAUUCGGAGGCGGUGCAGGGUGAGUCAUUAACAUAAGCGGGAAUUCCAGCUUCCAGGUGGCCUUGCCUGCUGUGGUUCCGAGUCUCCUCCUUUUCGUGUUUCAGAGGAACGAGUUCUUGAGACACAAUGAAUGCUUUGGCUGCAACUAGUAGGAAUUUCAAGCAGGCUGCUAAGCUGCUGGGUUUGGAUUCUAAGCUCGAAAAGAGUUUGCUCAUCCCGUUCCGAGAAAUCAAGGUUGAAUGCACGAUCCCAAAAGAUGAUGGCACUAUGGCAUCUUUUGUGGGAUUUAGGGUGCAACAUGAUAAUGCCAGAGGCCCAAUGAAGGGUGGAAUCAGAUACCACCAUGAGGUUGACCCAGAUGAAGUCAAUGCCUUAGCUCAAUUAAUGACUUGGAAGACAGCGGUAGCCAAUAUUCCAUAUGGCGGAGCAAAAGGUGGAAUAGGAUGUAGUCCAGGAGAACUGAGUAUUUCUGAGCUUGAGAGACUUACCAGGGAGUUCACUCAAAAGUUACAUGAUUGUAUUGGCAUCCACACUGAUGUUCCAGCUCCUGAUAUGGGGACUAACUCACAGACUAUGGCAUGGAUACUUGAUGAGUACUCAAAGUUUCAUGGUUAUUCACCUGCAGUUGUGACCGGAAAACCUGUUGAUCUUGGUGGAUCUCUUGGUAGAGAUGCAGCAACUGGAAAAGGAGUCCUAUUUGCAGCACAGGCCCUGCUUGCAGAGUAUGGGAAAAGCAUUUCAGACCAGCGCUUUGUAAUACAGGGUUUUGGUAACGUGGGUUCUUGGGCAGCUCAACUGAUCAGUGAAGCUGGUGGAAAAGUUAUUGCCGUCAGUGAUGUUACAGGAGCAGUUAAGAACAGCAACGGUCUCGACAUUCUCAAACUACUUAAACACUCCAAGGAGAGUCAUGGGGUCAAGGGUUUCGGUGGUGGAGAUGCUCUUGAUCCAAAUUUGUUGCUAAUGGAGGACUGUGAUGUUCUGAUACCAGCAGCACUGGGUGGUGUAAUCAACAGGGGAAAUGCAAAUGACAUAAGGGCCAAAUUCAUUAUUGAGGCAGCAAAUCACCCAACUGAUCCUGAGGCUGAUGAGAUCUUAUCAAAGAAAGGUGUUCUUAUUCUGCCAGACAUAUUUGCAAACUCGGGUGGGGUUACUGUGAGUUAUUUCGAAUGGGUUCAGAAUAUCCAAGGGUUCAUGUGGGAUGAAGAGAAGGUGAACUGUGAGCUGAAGACAUACAUGACCAGAGGUUUUAAGCAUGUGAAGGAGAUGUGCAGGACCCACAACUGCGACCUUCGCAUGGGAGCCUUCACCCUUGGAGUCAACCGGGUUGCCCGAGCGACUGUCCUGCGAGGAUGGGGAGCAUGAGGGCAAGGUUUUGCUCUUUCUUGGUCCACAAACUAUAAUAAUUUCCUGAUUAUCUGAGUUUAAUCUAUAACAACAAAGAUGUCUCACACAUCCUUUCUAGAAAUAUCAUGGGAAAUUUCGAACCAAUUAUAUGUCUAUAUAUGGUUACCUGCUCCCGACUCCUACUACACUUUCAUGCUA